CUAUUCCCAUGCCCUGGACGGCAUGUACCGCGUCCUCCAGGAAGAGGGCUUGAAGAAACUCUUCUCGGGAGCUACGAUGGCAUCCAGCCGAGGGGCCCUAGUCACCGUUGGGCAGCUUUCUUGUUAUGACCAGGCCAAGCAGCUGGUUCUCACGACUGGGUUGCUGUCAGACAACAUCUUCACUCACUUCCUGGCCAGCUUCAUCGCUGGCGGAUGCGCCACAUUCCUGUGCCAGCCCCUGGACGUGCUCAAGACCCGCCUCAUGAACUCCCAGGGCGAGUACCGGGGUGUUACCCACUGUGCCAUGGAAACUGCCAAGCUCGGCCCCCUCGCCUUCUACAAGGGCUUCGUUCCUGCUGCCAUCCGGCUCAUUCCUCACACCGUCCUCACCUUUGUCUUCCUGGAACAGCUGCGCAAAUAUUUUGGGAUUAAAGUGAUCACCUGAGUAGGAGGGAUGGAAUACUGCCUUGCCC